GGCCGCCGCGCAACGAGCUGCCCGCUUUAUAUUGAAUUGACCUUAUUUAUCCGAUUUGAUCUUGAGCGAGAGGUCGAUAAACCUUCGCUGCACAGUGCCAGUGUAGAGCCAGCGCGCCGUCGGAACCGAAGCCGGUUUCGCUUUGUUUGUUUUUAUGGAACGAGCGUGACAUCAACAUGGUAGAAGUGAAGAUAAACGAAGAUGUCAAAGUUGGCGGCAACAAUCCGUGCUUCAUCAUCGCGGAAGUCGGACAAAACCAUCAAGGAGACAUCGAAAUAGCAAAAAAGCUAAUAAAAGCCGCUAAGGAUGCAGGUGCCAACUGUGUCAAGUUUCAAAAGACGUGUCUCAACGAGAAAUUCACAAAGAAAUACUUGGAGCGACCGUACGAUAACCCCAAUUCUUGGGGCAAGACUUAUGGUGAACACAAACGCCACCUGGAGUUCUCGGAGAGCCAAUACAGGGAAUUGUUCAAAUAUGCACAUGAAGUUGGCAUAUUAUGCACGGCAUCGGCUAUGGACAUGGUUUCCUUCGACUUUUUGGUCAACAUAAAGGCUCCAUUCAUUAAAAUUGGGUCAGGUGACUCAAAUAAUUUGCUGUUUUUGAAGUAUGCUGCUUCGAAAAAUGUUCCACUCAUUAUCUCUACGGGGAUGGUCGAUAAGUCUGCAGUGAAGACUAUCUAUGAUAUAAUUUCUGCUCAACAUAAGAACUUCUGCUUGCUGCAUUGUAUAUCGGCGUACCCCGUGCCUUAUGAAGACUGCAACUUGACUGUGAUCCAAGACUACAUGAACACUUUUGAUAUACCAAUUGGAUACUCUGGGCAGGAGGUUGGCACUGCUGUCGCGCUGGCCUCAGUCGCUUUGGGAGCAAAGGUUCUGGAGAAGCACAUAACUCUAGAGAAGACGAUGAAGGGCACGGACCACGUGUGCUCGCUGACUCCGCCUGAGUUCCAGCAGUUGGUGAGAGAUGUCCGGGUUAUUGAGAACGCACUCGGCACACCUAUCAAGAAAGUCGUUACUUCUGAGAUCCCAUGCAUCGACAAACUUCAGAAGUCACUCGUGAUGGGCUGCACUAAGAACAAAGGUGAAAUCCUCUACCCCGGCGACGUCAAAAUUAAAGUGGCGGAACCCAAGGGACUGAACGCGCUGCACUUCGAAGAUGUCAUAUACAAGACUCUGGUCUACGACAAAAAGGAGGACGAACCCCUCAAUGAGGGAGAUUUCUGCUAACUCCCGCUCAAAGUACACAACACGACCAACAAUUCUAAUAUAACAUAUCAUUUUAUUUAAGUAACUAUCAAACGUAUAUGGGAAACAGGUCACACGUUACAUGUAAACUUUCUACGACCUUCUCAAGAAACAAAAUAUUUUUAAGUAUUUACCUAUUAUUUCUAGUACAUAAUUAUGAGAUAACACAGGGAUUUAACCGCUAACGUCGACGCCACUGUGUUAUACACGAUAUCGUCGCAAGCACAAUGACAGCAUAAUUAUUCGAAUUUAUUAAACGUCUCAAAGUGUAAAUUAUGUGAAUAUAGAUCAUAGACAUAAGUUUAGUUUACGUUAAAAUACAUACUUUAAAAACCUUUAUCCAUAAAUAGUUCAUACAUAUUACAAAUAUUUUUCUUUAUACCAGGUUUAUUAAAGUUUUACUAUUAA